AUGCCUCCUCGCAUCAAGAAGGCGAAGGACGUCAAGCGAGCCAUCGACGAGAAGGCGAGUGUGGUCGAGCUAGACGACGGAGCUGACGACGACCAGCGUGCUGUCGAAGCAGGCUUCUACUUCGAUGUAGACCCCGACGACACUUUCUACGAAGACGGCGAGGGCGAAUCCUCGCGCGAGUCUGCGCGUACAGCAAGCACAGAACUCUUUGAAGAGCACAUCGUCCGACUUAAGGACAACAGUUUACAUAGCGCGCUCAUGCAGAACCAACACGUGGAAGAUUUGAGAAAAAAACUUACUAUAUCAACAUUUCAGUUCAUUUACUGCAUGAGAAAGUUUGUAAUUGUCCUCCCGGUUGAUUUUUGA